AACCGACUUUUCUCAUGGAGGAUGACAAUCCCAACGAUGCGAUAUUACCGAACGAGCGGGAGUCCAUUGACGAUUGCCAUUUUCGGUACUAUGAAUUCGGAAAAUCGUGGGCACUCAAGCCCACGUACGGGAGACCAACGUACCUGCGGGAGUUUGCACACAUGGCCGCCAUCGGUUGGACGCAGCCGGACAACCGGACCAUCCUGUGGCAAUGCGGUGGUUCGCUGAUAUGGGAAAACUUCAUCCUCACCGCAGCGCACUGUGCGGUCGAUGCCAACAACACCCAACCGGAUGUGGCCCGAUUCGGUGAUCUUAACCUGUUUGACGACUCGGAUGAUAAGUACGCCCAGCAGUUGAAGAUUGUCGAAGUGGUACGCCACCCGGAGCAUCGGUUCAGUGCUCGAUACCACGAUAUAGCGUUGAUGCGCUUGGAACGAAAGAUUGAACUUCAUGACACGGUUGCUCCGGCAUGCCUAUGGACUGACGACGAGGUCCGGUUCAAAGCGUUCGAGGCUACGGGUUGGGGUGCUACCGGGUUCGCUGAAUCGCGUACGCCACUGCUCUUGAAGGUAUCGCUAAGCCCGGUGGAGCGGGAAAGUUGCGUUUUGCACUACAGCGGCAUUCGGGGGCUGCGCGCUGGCCUGCACGAGUACCAAAUGUGUGCCGGAGACUCCAAGAUGGACACUUGCCCGGGUGAUUCUGGUGGACCGUUGCAAGUGAAGCUGCUUCACAACACACGCCUCACUCCGUUUAUCGUUGGCGUCACAUCUUUCGGGACUGCCUGUGGCUUUGCGGUGCCGGGAGUAUACAGUCGAGUGGCUCCAUACGUACCCUGGAUACAGACAGUGUUGCGGGCUAGUGGUGAAGUCACAGAUUGGAAGUUUGAACCCCAAGCGUGUGCGCUGCGUUAUGUGCAUUUGCGAGAAUACGAACCCAGAGUAGUGCUGCACACUGGUGGUGAAAAUGAACAGCUUGAUCUUGCGGAAGCUCAUCUGUUCGACAAAUUCUCCGCCCAGGUGGUGUCGGUCCACUGGAACGAGACGGUAGCGCCCGGCAACAGGGAGUGUUACGGUGUCAUCAUUGACCGGAGUACGGUUGUAACACUCGCUCGGUGCACCGAAGCUGACGGUGUUCCACCUUCGCAUGUUACGCAUUUGGGCAAUGGUAGCAACAUCGUCACGCACCACCAUAGACACCCCGAUUACGACGGCCACUCGUUGCUCAAUGACGUUGGAAUACUGGAGUUAAAGGAUCCCUUCGAGUUUGCUUCGAGUUGGGAUUUUUAUCCGGCCUGUAUCUGGAGCCGAAAGAACGGAAUGGACGGACAACUGACUGUAUCGGGCCGAGGCCUUCAGGCACUCAAUGCAAUAGUAGAGGAGAAACCGGAGAUAAAUAAUUCCACUCUGAACGGAACGAUAAAUAUCGUCGGAGUAGUAGUAACACAGAACGGCACCAAUUGUACCAUCCCCAGGCAGUAUGCUACAAUGCUGCCGAAAGGCCUGUCGGCGGAACAUCUGUGUUUCGGAGCGGAGCCAUUUCUGGUUCCGAAGACCUGUGAUUUAGCCUACGGUGGACCGCUGCAGCGAGAGGCUUUUCGCUGGGGCCGUCGACUGAUGUACGUCAAUGCACUAAGUCUGCUCGGCAAGGACUGUGGGUUCGGUGAGUCUGCCGUGGGCGUCAAACUGUCGCACCACGUGAAGUGGCUGCAAUCGGUUCUACUGCCGCCGAGAACGACCGAAAAGGCAGUCGAAACACAGCCAGUUGUUUUUCUAAAUCCCGAACUAGAGGAAGGUGAUGAAUGUAGCACCCAGGACAGAAGUACUGGAGUGUGCGUCAAUGCUCAGUACUGUCCUAAGGUAGCCCAAGAUUUCCGCCAGAACCGUGGCGUGAAAUUCUGUCAGAGUGGCUCACUGGUCUGCUGUCCGCACAGGUAUAUUCGUAACGGAACCAAUGAAGAGUGGCAAGAGAUAGAUCGCUGCAAUGUCGACCAUCAGGGUGGCGAAGAAGACAUGGACGAAUCACAGAUCGUAGCCCCUUCACACCUGGUUGUCAUUGUUUGGACCUAUCCAGAAUGGAAUCGCGUUUGUACGGGAACAAUCAUCUCAUCGAGAACUUUGGUGACCGCUGCCAGUUGUUUAGAUGUGACCAUGGCUCCAUCCUACGUGCAAGUGGACCAUCCUGAUGCUGAAAUAGAGCUACGAUUGGAGCUCGAUUCGGUAACGAUACACCCACAGUUUGAAAACUCAACAAAACAACACGACAUUGCCCUGAUCAGAACGAAAAGCGUAAUCGACGGCAACUUUGGACGAUCGCGUGCCUGUCUUUGGAGAAACACAACCCACACGCCAUUUCUGUUGCAGCAAUACGUAUUCCUCAACGAUGCUGUGGAAACGACGGAUGCAUUUUUCAAGUUCAACACUGACUGUCGGCGUGCGUUCGGAAGGGUACCACAGGCCCACGAACUUUGCCUUCAUGUAAACGAUCCGGAAAACAAACUUUUCGUGGACCAAGGAAUGCCGGCGCUGUGGACGAAACCUGGUACUAGUCGAGCGUCAUACCUGAUAGGAAUAGCGAGCCAUCGGUCUACAGUUGAACGGUCCGUAUUCAUCCACACUCGCGUCUCCUCAUACAUCGAUUGGAUUAAGGGGGAACUAUAGACUAAUAAGUGAAACGUACCACUGAAGGUAAUAGCGUAAAUUGCGUUGUUAAAAAAAAUGACGAUAAAAAUAAUAAACUUGC